AGUGUUUCUCAGCUACAUGUCUACCGUAGGAGCUUCCGAAGAACAGGCCGAGCAGAUAAAAAAAUAUCGAAUAUCUCUGUUCAGGUGGUCAGUGUUCCAGGGAAGUUACCAGGGAGGCGACCGCCACGAAGACCUGCUGGCCCAGCUAGGCCCCGCAAGCAAUCAAAGAAGAGAGCUCCCUUUUGGAACAUCCAAAAUAAAAUCAUUCUCUUCACGGUGUUUUUAUGCAUGCUGGCGGUCACAGCCUGGACUCUCCUGUGGCUCUAUAUCAGUAAGACAGAAAGCAAAGACGCCUUUUAUUUCGUCGGAAUGUUUCGCAUCACCAACGCUGAGUUUCUUCCUGAGUACCGGCAUAAGGAGUCCAGGGAGUUUCUUUCCAUAGCAAGGACUGUGGAGCAAGUGGUGAAUCUUGUUUAUACAACAUCAGCCUUCUCCAAAUUUUAUAAGCAGUCUGUCGUUGCAGAUGUCAGCAGCAACAACAAAGGAGGGCUCCUGGUGCACUUUUGGACUGUGUUUGUCAUGCCACACGCCAAGGGCCACAUCUUCUGUGAGGAGUGUGUGGCAGCCGUCUUGAAGGACUCCAUCCAAACCAGCAUCGUGAACCGUACCUCUGUGGGGAGCUUGCAGGGCCUGGCUGUGGACAUGGACUCUGUGGUUCUAAACGUUGGGCUUCGGUCGGAUUACUCAUCAGCCAUAGGCUCUGACAAAGGAUGCUCUCAGUAUUUGUAUGCAGAUCACCUGAGCCUCCGCUACCCUCUGGAAAUCUCUGCAACCUCGGGGACACUCAUGUGUCACUUCAAGCUCGUGGCCAUAGUGGGCUACCUCAUUCGUCUUUCCAUUGAAUCCAUCCAACUUGAAGCUGACAACUGCGUCACUGACUCUCUGACCAUCUACGAUGCCCUCCUGCCAAUCCGGAGCACCAUCUUGUACAGAAUUUGUGAACCCACCAGAACACUAAUGUCCUUUGUUUCUACCAACAACCUCAUGCUCGUGACACUCAAAUCUCCUAAUAUACGGAGGCUGUCAGGGAUCCGAGCAUAUUUUGAGGUCAUUCCAGAACAAAAAUGUGAAAACACAAUAUUUGUCAAAGAACUCACUGCCUUUGAAGGGAAAAUUUCAAGUCCAUAUUACCCAAGCUACUAUCCUCCAAAAUGCAAGUGUACCUGGACAUUUCAGACUCCCCUAUCAACUCUUGGUAUCGCCCUGAAAUUCCACAACUAUUCAAUUACUAAGAAGAGUAUGAAAGGCUGUGAGCACGGAUGGUGGGAAAUUAAUGAGCACAUGUACUGCGGCUCGUACGUGGAUCACCAGACCAUCUUCCGGGUGCCCAGCCCCCUGGCUCACCUUCAGCUCCAGUGUACGGCCCGGCAGUCUGACAAGCCGCUUUUGGUAGAAUAUGGCAGCUACAACAUCAGCCAACCCUGCCCUGUUGGAUCUUUCAGAUGCUCCUCCGGCUUGUGUGUCUCGCAGGCCCAGCGCUGUGAUGGAGUAAAUGACUGUUUUGACGAAAGUGACGAGCUCUUCUGUGUAACCCCCAGGCCUGCCUGCAACACCAGCUCCUUGUGGCAGCCCGGUCCUCUGGAGUGUGACGGCGUCAGGGACUGUCCGGAUGCUCGGGAUGAGCAGAACUGCACUCAGAGCAUUCCAUGUACAAACAGGACUUUCAAAUGUGGCAAUGCUGUUUGCUUUAGGAAACAAAAUGCAAAGUGUGAUGGGAUUGUGGAUUGCCCAGAUGGAAGUGAUGAAGAGGGCUGCAGCUGCAACAGGGGAUCCUCUUCCCUCCACCGCAUCGUGGGGGGCUCUGACUCCCAAGAAGGGGCCUGGCCUUGGCAGGUCAGUCUCCACUUCGUGGGAACAGCCUACUGUGGGGCUUCAGUCAUCUCCAGGGAGUGGCUUCUGUCCGCGGCCCACUGUUUCCAUGGGAACAGGCUGUCAGACCCCACGCCAUGGACCGCUCACCUUGGGAUGCAUAUUCAGGGGAGUGCCAAGUUCAUCUCCCCCGUGAGAAGAAUUGUGGUCCAUGAGUACUACAACAGCCAGACCUUUGACUACGAUAUUGCUCUGCUUCAGCUCAGCACAGCCUGGCCAGAGUCCCUGAGGCAGUCCAUUCAGGCAGUAUGCGUUCCUCCCGCAGGCCAGAAAGUGCGCAGUGGGCAGAAGUGCUGGGUGACUGGCUGGGGACGCAGGCAUGAGGCAGAUAACAAAGGCUCCCCUGUUCUGCAGCAGGCAGAGGUAGAGCUCAUAGAUCAAACCAUCUGCGUUUCCACUUAUGGGAGCAUCACUUCGCGGAUGCUGUGUGCAGGAGUGAUGUCAGGCAAGAGCGACGCCUGUAGAGGAGAUUCUGGUGGACCUUUAUCCUGUCGAAGAAAAAGUGACGGGAAAUGGAUUCUGACUGGCAUCGUGAGCUGGGGACAUGGAUGUGGAAGACCAAACUUUCCUGGAGUUUACACAAGAGUGUCAAACUUUGUUCCUUGGAUUAAUAAAUAUGUUCCUUCUCUUUCAUAA